ACAGAUGGGGGUUCUCUUUCUUUGGUAAUCGGAAAUGAAACGAACUUGUUUGAUCAUGAAAUAUGAAUUCUGUUCAUUCAACGUUUAAUGUUCAGGGAGAUUGGUGCCUGGUUUUUUAUGGGUAGUUCUUGAUCAGCUCGAAUCAUUCUCUGUAAGUUGGGUUUUAUGGGUAGUUCUGUUCAUUCUUCUAUGUUUCGGGGAGACAGGGGAAGAUAUAGCUAGGCUAUUAUUUCGAACUUCUUAAUAACCUUACCAUGAAAGUGGCUUGGCCUCUCCUCUUAUUACUUUCAUAUUUCGGAGUGUUCGCGUAUGGUACUGCUGGAAAGAACGUUUCUUCAAGUUCAAGACCUUCUGUUGUGAAUGUUGGUGCCAUUCUCACUUUUAACUCUACCAUUGGGAGAGUCGCUAGGAUUGCCAUGGAGGCAGCUAUGGAAGAUGUCAAUCGCAAUUCCAGUGUUCUUAGGGGAACAAAACUGACUAUCAAUAUGGUAGACUCUAAUUGCAAUGGGUUUCUUGGCUUUGUUGAAGGUUUGCAAUUCAUGGAGACUGAGAGUGUUGCCAUCAUUGGCCCACAAUCUUCUACAAUAGCCCAUUUGAUAUCAAAUGUUGCAAAUGAACUCCAAGUUCCGAUGUUGUCAUUUGCAGCCACGGAUCCCACCCUCAAUUCACUUCAAUACCCCUUUUUCGUUAGGAUGACAAACAGUGAUAUGUACCAGAUGGCUGCUGUGGCUGACAUUGUUAAUUACUAUGGUUGGCGACAGGUCAUUGCAAUUUUCGUUGAUGAUGAAUACGGAAGGAAUGGAAUAGCGGCAUUAGGUGAUAGUCUUGAGGCUAAACGCUGUAAAAUUUCUUAUAAAGCAGGGAUUCCACCCAUGAUUGGAGUUAGCCAUGAUAGCAUUAUGAAUAUUCUUGUCCAAGUAGCAUUGAUGGAGUCUCGAGUCAUUGUUCUGCACACAAACACUGAGUCAGGUCUCAUGGUUCUUUCUGUGGCAAAAUAUCUAGGAAUGAUGGGCAAUGGGUAUGCCUGGAUAGCUACUGAUUGGAUUUCUACCAUGUUAGAUUCUUUUUCACCUCUCCCUUCAGAGACCAUGGUUUUGAUGCAAGGAGUUCUUGUGCUGCGUCAACACACAAUGGAUUCGGAAAGGAAGAGGUCUUUUUCCUCUAGGUGGAUCAAGUUGACUGGUGGUUCACUUGGAUUAAAUUCCUAUGGCCUCUAUGCUUAUGAUACUGUAUGGUUUCUUGCUCAUGCAAUUGACGCAUUUUUUGAUCUGGGUGGGAUCAUUUCAUUUUCUAAAGAUUCAAGGUUACAAGAUGAGGAGGGUGGUGGUCUCCUGGUUGAAUCAUUGAGCGUCUUUGAUGGAGGAACCAUGCUACUGAACAACAUAUUGCAGACUAGUGUAAUGGGUCUAACAGGUCCCAUUAAAUUUGAUUCAGACAGAUCUCUAUUUCAUCCUGCAUACGACAUCAUUAAUGUAAUUGGAACUGGGUUUCGAAGGAUUGGUUUUUGGUCCAACUCUUCUGGAUUAUCAGUUUUGCCACCAGAAACACUAUAUAUGAAGCAGCCUAAUCGUUCUGGUGCAAGCCAACAACUUUACAGUGUUAUUUGGCCUGGGGAUACAUCAACAAAGCCACGUGGUUGGGUUUUCCCAAACAAUGGGAAGCGGCUAAGAAUAGGGGUGCCUAUUCGAGUUGGUUUCAAGGAAUUUGUCUCGCAUGUGGGGGGCACUGAUAUCUUCAAGGGUUUCUGCAUAGAUGUAUUUACUGCUGCUAUAAACUUGUUACCAUAUGCUGUUCCUUAUGAAUUCAUUCCCUUCGGUGAUGGUCAUAAGAACCCAAGUUACUCUGAGCUUGUUAAUAUGAUCACAUCAGGUGAAUUCGAUGCUGCUGUAGGUGACAUUGCAAUUGUCACAAACAGGACAAAGCAUCUGGAUUUUACACAGCCAUAUGCCGAGUCGGGGCUCGUUGUAGUGGCCCCAAUAAGGAAGUUGAACUCAGGUGCUUUGGCUUUCAUGCAGCCAUUUAGUCCACAGAUGUGGUGUGUCACUGGUGCUUUCUUACUUUUUAUUGCAGCAGUUGUGUGGAUUCUAGAACAUAGGAUCAAUGAUGAGUUCAGGGGGCCACCAAAAAAGCAAAUAAUUACCGUUCUGUGGUUUAGCUUCUCAACUUUAUUUUUUUCCCAUAGGGAGAACACAGUUAGCACCCUCGGUCGUUUUGUGCUGAUCAUAUGGCUUUUUGUAGUUUUGAUUAUCAACUCAAGCUACACUGCAAGUCUGACCUCCAUCCUUACAGUACAGCAUCUAUCUUCACCAAUCAGGGGAAUUGAAAGCUUGAGGACAAGUGAUGAGCGUAUUGGAUAUCAAGUGGGGUCCUUUGCUGAAUAUUAUUUGACUGAGGAACUCGGUAUAUCCAAAUCUCGUCUCGUUGCUCUUGGCUCACCAGCAGAGUAUGCAAUUGCACUUCAACGCGGUCCAAAAAAAGAUGGUGUUGCUGCUAUUGUUGAUGAACUUCCAUAUGUGGAGCUGUUCCUCGCCAGCCAAUGCAAAUUCAGUAUUGAGGGCCCAGAGUUUACCAAGAGCGGGUGGGGAUUUGCAUUCCCACGGGAUUCUUCCUUGACCAUUGACAUGUCAACUGCAAUUCUCACAUUAGAAGAGAAUGGUGAUCUCCAAAGGAUCCACGACAAGUGGCUGACAAGAAGUGCUUGUAGUUCAGAUAACACCGAGCUUGAAUCUAGCCAACUUCAUUUUCAGAGCUUCUGGGGCCUUUUUCUCAUAAGUGGGGCUGCAUGUUUUAUAGCCCUCAUGAUAUACUUCUUGUUGAUAAUCCGGAAAUUUAUUCAUCUAUUUGCCAAAGAGUCUGAUUCUAAUGUUGAAGGCAGGUCACGAUAUAGGCACCUCCAAACAUUUGUAACAUUAAUUGAUGAGAAGAAAGAUACCUCAAGAAACAGGAGCAAGAGAAGAAAAACAGAGAGAUCAUCAGUUGAGGAUGAGAUGGAAAAUGUAAUGGGGAGAAACCCUGGAAGACCUUAGUGGAAACUCUAGCAAAGGCAGUUAAAUUUUUCAAUUGGAUAAGUUCUAGUUGUGUAAUCUUAUUUGUGAGUCAGGUCAUCUCGUAGUCUUAAUUUU